GAUGUUGCGGGUCUACGCUAGUAAUUGAAUGUCACCACCGCACCGGAUUCUCUCUUCUUCUUCUCUGUGUUUGCUCAAAUUCAGAAACCUUCUCUUUCUCCGCUCAUUCUCAUUCUCUUCUCCCAUAUGUCGCAACAAGGUGGUUCCAUUUGACUUUGCUGUGAAGGAGGUAGCAGGAGGCGUGGAAGAAAUCCAUGCUUGGAGAAACCAUUUACUUAAUUUCAACUCCAAGUCUCAGUGUUUUGGGUAUGCCCAGAAACUGUUUGAUGAAAGUACUCAACCGGGUUUAGUUUCUUGGUCUGCUUUGAUAUCUAGGUAUGUUCAGAAUGGGCUUAGUGCUGAAGCCCUUCUGGCAUUUUAUGAUAUGCACUCGUUCGGCAUCAAGUCUAAUGAGUUUACCUUUCCUAGUGUUCUUAAGGCUUGUUCCAUUACAAAGGAUUUGAACUUGGGGAAGCAGGUUCAUGGGGUGGGGUUUGUUACAGGGUUUGAAUCAGAUGUGUUCGUGGCGAAUACUUUGGUUUGUAUGUAUGCGAAAUGUGGGGAAUUCGGGGAUUCGAGAAGACUUUUCGAUGAGAUUGUGGUUCGAGAUGUUGUUUCGUGGAAUGCUCUGUUUUUUAGUUAUAUGCAGCAUGAUUAUUGUCGAGAGGCGGUUAAGUUGUUCAUGGAAAUGAUUGAGAGUGGAAUUAGACCAAAUGAGUUUACACUAUCUAGUAUAAUAAAUGCUUGUGCAAGUCUUGGGGAUGGUACUCAAGGAAAGAAAAUUCAUGGAUAUUUGGUAAAGCUUGGUUAUGAAUCAGAUUCAUUCUCUGCAAAUGCAUUGGUUGACAUGUAUGCGAAAGUAGGAGGUCUUGAUGAAGCAAUUUCGGCUUUUAAUGAAAUUGCACAACCUGAUAUAGUAUCCUGGAAUGCUAUCAUAGCUGGUUGUGUUCAUCACGAGGAUCAUAAAUGGGCACUAAGGUUGAUAAUGGACAUGAAAAGAUUAGGACUGCGCCUGAAUAUGUUCACACUGUCGAGUGCUCUUAAAGCGUGUGCUGGAUUAGGCCUCAAAGAAUUGGGCCGGCAGCUGCAUUCUAGCUUGGUUAAGAUGGAUACAAAGUCUGAUGUGUUUGUAGAUGUAGGACUUAUUGAUAUGUAUUCAAAGUGUAAGAUGAUGAAAGAUGCAAAGAUGGUUCACUCCUUGAUGCCAAAGAAGAAUUUGAUUGCUUGGAAUGCUAUAAUAACUGGGCAUUCGCAGAAUGGAGAGGAUUUUGAAGCUUUAUGGCUUUUCGUUGAGGUGUUCAAGCAGAAGAUCGGUUUUAACCGAAUUACUUUAUCUACAGUCCUAAAAUCAAUAGCUACACUACAGGCUAUUAAGGUUUGCCAACAAAUUCAUGCAAUUUCUAUGAAAACUGGUUACCAAUCUGACAUUUAUGUUAUAAAUAGCUUUCUUGAUACGUAUGCAAAAUGUAGCCAAGUAAAAGAUGCAGCAAGAAUUUUCGAAGAAUGUAAAGUUGGAGAUUUAGUGGCUUUCACAUCCAUGAUUGCAGCUUAUGCUCAAUAUGGUCAAGGUGAAGAAUCCUUAAAGCUUUAUUCGGAAAUGCAGGACAAGGGAAUCCAACCUGAUCCGUUUGUCUGCAGUUCUCUUCUGAAUGCUUGUGCAAACUUAUCAGCAUUUGAACAAGGGAAACAAAUCCACGUUCACAUUCUUAAGUUUGGGUUCAUGUCCGACGUAUUUGCUGGGAAUUCUCUAGUUAACAUGUAUGCAAAAUGUGGAAGCAUUGACGAUGCAAGUCGUUCUUUCUCAGAGAUAGCAGAGAGAGGAAUAGUCUCAUGGUCUGCAAUGAUAGGAGGACUUGCUCAACACGGACAUGGGGAGGAAGCCCUGAGAAUGUUCGACGAGAUGCUUAAAGAUGGUGUUCAACCCAAUCAUAUAACUUUAGUUAGUGUACUCUGUGCUUGCAAUCAUGCAGGUUUGGUAACUGAAGCCAGAAAUUAUUUCGAAUCAAUGAAAGAGUUGUUCGGUAUUGAACCAAUGCAAGAGCAUUAUGCUUGCAUGAUUGAUCUACUUGGCCGAGCAGGGAAGUUAGAUGAGGCAAUGGAGCUUGUGAAUACAAUGCCAUUUCAACCAAAUGGGUCGGUUUGGGGAUCGCUUUUAGGUGCAGCAAGACUUCAUAAACAUGUUGAGCUUGGUGAACGCGCUGCUGAAAUGCUCUUAGUUCUCGAGCCUGAAAAAUCCGGUACCCUAGUUCUUCUUGCUAAUAUUUACGCUUCAGCUGGUCUGUGGGAAAAUGUAGCAGACGUGAGAAGAGUUAUGAAAUAUAACAAGGUAAAGAAGGAACCUGGAAUCAGUUGGAUUGAGGUUCAAGACAAAGUACAUACUUUUAUAGUACGCGAUAUAAGUCAUUCGAGAAGCAAGGAGAUCUAUGCAAAGCUUGAUGAGCUGCGCGAGCUCAUGAGGAAAGCUGGGUAUGUUCCUAUGGUGGAGAUGGACCUUCAUGAUGUAGAUAGAAAUGAAAAAGAAGAGCUUCUAUUACAUCAUAGUGAGAAGCUUGCAGUGGCUUUCGGGUUAAUUGCCACUCCUCCUGGAGCUCCCAUUAGGGUGAAGAAGAAUCUAAGAGUUUGUGUAGAUUGCCAUACUGCACUCAAGUUCAUUUGCAAAAUAGUUUCAAGGGAGAUAAUUGUGAGAGAUACAAACAGAUUCCACCAUUUUAAAGAUGGAUCAUGUUCUUGUGGAGACUAUUGGUGAUUGCUAGUGAGCUGAAUUCUUGCUUGUCUACCGAUUUUACAACAGAUAACAUAUGUGAUGGUCCAUUGAAAAGCUUUAUUCUUUAGAUACCUAACAAUUAAUUUUAUUUUGAAGAAUGUCAUUCUAAUAUAACUGUGUUUUUUUGGUUUGGUGUUGUGAUAUUUUUCAGUUUUGCUAGCUCUGACGAUAAUUUUAUUUUGGGAAGAUAUCUUUUCAA